AUGGAAAAGCUUCGCGAAAUAAUAAGUGAACGUAUUCACACAGAAAACGCGAUUGUGCGGGAAAUCCUUGCCGAAUUUAUUGGUACCUUCUUUUUAUUGUUUAUUGGUACUGCGGCAAAUGUACAGAAUGUGUUGGGUGGUGGUAAUAUAACAAGUGCACAUAUUGCGUGGGGUAUUGGAUUCACGUUCGCCGUUUUUCUUGCUGCUAAUGCUUCAGGAGGUCAUUUGAAUCCGGCCAUAUCAUUCGCUGCGUAUCUGCUUGGCAACUUGAGCUUCUUUCGGUUCGUGAUAUAUUCUCUUGUACAACUUCUUGGUGCUUUCUGCGGUGCGGCGAUUACAUUUGUUGGACACUACGAUGAUAUCCAAAAUUUUGAUAGCGGUAUUCGUUACGUUGUUGGCCUUAAUGCAACUGCGGGUCUCUUCACCACUUUUCCUUCACCACACAUGUCGGUUGUCGGAAGUCUUUUCGAUCAGAUAAUCGGAACUGCCAUUCUUUCCGGAAUGAUUUGUUUGAUAACGGAUCGUCGUCAAAACAUUCCGAAUCCAAUGCAGCCACUUUUGGCAGGUUUGGUGAUGACAAUGGUCGCAAUGACCUACGGAACAAACGGAGGAUUCGCAAUCAAUCCAGCUCGUGACUUUGGACCACGUGUUUUUCUUCUUUGUGUGGGUUAUGGAUGGAGCGUAUUCUCGGCUUAUGACUACUACUUUUGGAUUCCGAUCGUAGGUCCGAUGAUUGGAGCAUUGAUCGGUGCGUGGCUCUACAAACUGUUCGUUGGUCUGCAUGGCCUCGAUGAACAACUGGAUAUCAGCACCGGACCACCUUAUCCGAAGAUUGAUAAGGGUUACCGAGUCAGUACCAAUAUUACUGUUAUAUGA